AUGGCGGAGGAUUAUCAAACAACUAACAAUGUUGUGGAAUCAGACUUAACUAAUAUGUUGUUGAAGGACUUGAAUGAACUCUUAAACAUGCACGGUAAAAAAAUUGAAGAUUACGAUCUCCCAUCUUUACCCCCUAAUACAAUAGAAGGAAAUUCAAUUCCAAGUCUCAUACAAGAGGAUUUAGCGGUCGAUAACCCCAAUGAAGAUAUUGAAUUUGUUGCUAAGUUAAAUAAUGAUCAAAUGAUUGCAUUCAAGACCAUUAUGAAUGUAAUUGUUCAAAAACACAGUGAGGUAUUUUUUGUUGAUGGUCCAGGAGGAACAGGUAAAACAUUCCUUUAUCGAACAUUAAUGGUAAGUUUAAGAAGUAUAAGAGAAAUUGUCUUAGCAGCUGCAUCAUCUGGUAUAGCUGCAACAUUGUUUCCCGGUGGUAGGACUGCACACUCUCGAUUUAAGAUACCUAUUGAUAUACAACCGAGUUCCAUUUGUGGUAUUCAAAAGCAAAAAGAUCUUGCAAAUCUCAUUAGAGUUGUUAGCGUAAUAGUUUGGGAUGAAGCACCAAUGACAAACAAAAAUUGUUUGGAAGUCUUAGAUCGAUCAUCACAAGACAUUUGUAGUAAUAGUGCUCCAUUUGGUGGAAAAGUUCUUAUCAUGGGGGGAGAUUUUCGUCAAGUUCUUCCUGUUGUAAGAAAAGGUACUAAGGCACAAAUGAUUUCAGCAUGUAUUGUUCAAUCUCAUUUAUGGGAUCAUACUAAGAUUUUGCGUUUGCGUCAAAAUAUGCGAUCAUUGCAUGAUCAAGAGUUUGUAGAAUUUCUUAUUCACAUUGGUGAUGGUGUUGAACCUACCAAACCAAAUGACAUGGUGAGGUUACCUUCAUAG